UAUUACAGUUUUUCUUUCUUCUCAUCAUCAUAGUUAUGAGGAAAAGGAUUGAGCUGGUGUCUGCUCUGUUUAAAGAGGCGGGAAGAGCUGUUGGGGCGAUGCCUCUUCUGUUGCUACAACCACUGUUGACUUUUAUUACAUUAGCUGCAAUUGUCGUGAGCUGGUUUGUCGGCUAUUUGUACAUUCAUACGGCAAAGGACGCCACUAUCGACCCCGAAACAGACUACGUCACAUUUCAUCUGAGCACCUUCUUCCAACUUAUGAAGUGGUAUCAUCUCUUUGCGUUAUUCUGGUUCACCCAAUUCGUCAUUUCUUGUCAACACGUCGUGAUAGCAGGUGCUGUAGCCACGUGGUUUUUUACCAGGAAUAAAAAGAAGCUGAAGACACCAAUCGCUACAAGUUUCUACAACUUGGUGCGAUAUCAUCUUGGUUCUGUUGCUCUCGGUUCCUUUCUUGUCGCUAUUCUUAAGCUCAUUCGUGCCAUCUUCAAAAAAAUUGAACGUCAAAUGAAGGAACAUCCAACCUGGUGUACCACAUUCAUUCAAUGCUGUAGUUGUUGUCUCUGGUGUUUUGAAAAGUUCUUGGUUUUUUUAAACCGAAAUGCUUUUAUUGAAGUUG